AUGUUCUGCGCCGGCGAGCCAGCCUAUGUCACUGCUGAGCACGUUUGCGAUGGCAGCAUCUUCCCCCGGGUGACGAAUUCACCUCUGCAAGACCCUGUGAAGGUGGCGGUGCGUGGUGAGAGAAUCCGGCUCUCUGUUGGCUCUGGCAAGAGGUUGGACAUGGAUCUCGACGGGCAUGAUUCGAACUGUGGCAGCACGGAGGAUGGAAGUGACCAUGAUACCUUUUCGUUGGGAUCAUCAGGCUCCAAUUGCGCCAGCACUGCCAAAAGCGAUGAGAUGGAAUACAAGUCCGGAAAUGGCAUGCAUCAUGCCCCAGCGAGCGACAUCAAAGCAGAGUCGGCAGCUAUAGAAAGGACUGCGGAGGACACAUCGAGUCAGCACACGAGUUCCGCGAGUCUUUCUCCGUGUCGCUGGCACAAGUCUGCCAGCACUGUCGGGUCCAUCUCUGCAGAUGGUCAUGUUUUCACGAAGACAGCAAGUGGUCAGAAGGUUGUCAUGAAUGAUCGUGGCAUGCCCAUGGAGCUUAGCUCCAUAUGCAUGGUCUUUGACUCCACACUACGUUGCCGAGGCGUUCAUACAUACCACUAUUGCAUCCUCAACGGUGAGCUCGGAGCUGCCGAUGGUGCCGGCUUUGUGUUUGACUCCAAAGUACGCCGCAAUAACAUCCAGCAGAUGCGCACGGUCUUUCUGAACAAGCGCGGCGUGAUUUGCAUUCGCGAUCGGCAGAAUGUUCGCAAGUUGAAAGCCCAGCUUCCUCCUUUGGAGCCUGGCUUGUGCCUCACCAUGACUGUGGACCUGGACAACCUGCAGAUGCAGUUUGUGAUCUCAUCGAACGAAGGCAUUGGCGGCUAUGCAGAGGUAAGCUUGGAGGGUCUCUUUGACCUCAGCAUGAAGGCCUCGUUCCAGAGUGGCUUUUUCUGCGCUGUGGUCACCAAAGAGAUCAGCGUAUCACUGUGGUGCAACUUGAUGGCAAUGCACAAGGGGGGCGGCGGAAGGCUGCCUCGGCCCUGUGAGCCGGUCCGAGGCGUGGGCGUCCCGGCCAAGCGACUCAGCCGCCAGUAUGGCUGCUCCGAAGAUGAGGUGGAACGGAGCCUUUCAGUCUUCAACCUCGCGGACCGGUCCGGUGACGGCUUCAUCAUGCGGGAGGAAUUCAGCGAACUGGUGGAGCGGACACUCAAGGUGGAGCUCACGCCUGAGGAGCUGGAUCGCUACUGGCAGGACAUUUGUCCAGAAAACGGGCCUCAGCGAAUUGGCUUCGACGAGUGGUUUGGAUGGGUGCGCCGCAACUACUUGCCCUUUCAAGAGCUCACGGUUGAGGCGCCUGUGCCAGAAAGCUACGAGCUGGUGACGAGUGCUCUGGGCGUGGCGUUGGCCGUCUACGUCUUGGGCCACCUGGAUGCCGUGGCUUCCUUCGGGGGCUUGGGCGCCAAACUCACGCUGUGGGCACCUCCGCUAGGCUCAGUCGUGGUGCUACUCUUUGGGCCUGGCCUGCAGGGACGCCGAGGUGCCUUAGGAGACACGGAAGCCGUCAGAACGGUGCUGGUCGCGUGCUUUGGCUGUGCCUUGUGCGCGCUCCUUGCGCUCUACACCCUGGGGGGCGAGGACCCCUCGCUGACCCGCGCCGCCGCGGCCAGCGGGUCCCUGCUGUGGAUGCGCGCCACAAGGAGCCUCUUCGCGCCCGCGGGGGCCUUUGCCACACUGGCGGUGGACGAGUCCUUGCUGCAUCUGCCGGAAGUCCGUGACUUGCAGUGGGUGCUGGAAGGCGUGCAGGUGAUUGUGGUGCCAGCGAUUUGUGGGUCCCUGUUCCUCUUCGCCGCCCAGUCGGCGGCUGUGUGGCUGCGAAAGAGCUUCGCCCUUCAGGAGCCGCUGUCGCUUCAGGACAGCUGGCUGCUGGGGGAGCUGCGAAACACCUUCCCUUCUCUGCCCAAGCAGGAACUCUCCAAGUUGCUGAAGGAGGCCGAGGAGGUUUUCUAUCCGCCCAAAGCGGCGCUGACUGAGCAAGGCACUGUGAACGACUACCUGUGGCUUGUGAUCUCUGGCAAGCUGUUGGUGGAUGUGAGCGGGCAGGUGGCAUCGACUCUGGAGCGCAAGGCCAUAAUUGGAGAGGUCACCUUCCUGGAUCCCCGCGACAAGCUUGCAACUGCGACCGUGUAUGCGGCGCCCAACGGCGCCCGAACCCUGCGCUGGUCGCAGCAGCGCCUGCGCGAGUUUUGCGCGGUGGAAAACAGCCUCGGCGAGAGGCUGCUGUCGGCCAUCUCAGAGGAGCUCAUCGAGAAGAUGGUGCGUGGCCGCGGUGCUGGCCGGAGAUCACCAGAAGAAUCCUUGCGACUUCUAACGCAGCUGCGCAGAACUUUUCCUCAACUGGGUACAGCGGAGGUGCCACGCUUUCUCAAGGCGGCGGAAAGUGUAUCCUACACCCAGAACAGCUGCCUCACCAAACAGGGGGAAGAGAACAAGUACCUGUGGCUUGUUCUCUUUGGGACCCUGACAGUCACUGUCGAUUCUCAACUGGUGGCUCAAUUAUCUGACGGCGCUCUGAUUGGGGAGGCCACAUUCUUGGGCUUUGCAGAACAAGGUAGGGCGACCGCGACAGUGAGAUCAGAGGAGGAGUGCCUCACUCAGCGCCUGUCUCAGCGAGAGCUGCAGCUGUUGAGCGUAACCUUCCAAGGUGCCUCGAGCAGCUACCAGCCGAUGCAGCUCAACUCAGUUCCCACGGAAUUCGAGUGCGACAACUUCAUCGGCAGGUGCAUGCUGUUGCACAGGCCGGCGUGGAGCUACGAUGAUGCCGAGCCACAAGAUCUGGCACAGGCGCACUACCCGUACAAGGAGCAUUUCCAUGGUCGCAAGCGGCUAUGGGAGUGGCGAAUACAGGGCCGCUUCAAGCGAAGGCCUGGCGUGUUGUAUUGCGGCGUGGAGCUGGAGAGGUAUGUACCGGUGAACUUCACCACACGUACUCUGAUGCGAGGCAUCAUUCCGCUCGUUCAGGGCGCUUUGCAGUGCAAACAGAUCCGGCAUGAGAUCGGGAAGGAGAAUGAUCCUUCGUUUCGGCCCACGGUGGUGGCACCAAUAUGGGCUGCCGACAACACGCUGAUACACGAGGAUCCAAGCGCCGCUCCGAACAUCGCUGACAUUAGCUUACCAGCUGGCUACAGCCGCAAGGCUGCCAGACACUUCUGGGAUGAAGUUUGGAACGGAGGCGGCCCUUCCUUUGAGGUGUCUGGCGGGCCAAUUUUCACCUUUGCGAUUUGGGGGCCAGCGCAGCUCCUGGACUUGCGCGCCUGGGUCUUCCGGAAAUUGCCACUGAUGUGGGGCCGGAGCUUAUCGCUUGAGCCUUUUGUGGGUAAACAGCCGGUGCACGCGGUGAUCUACGAGCUGUGCGGUCAAGAUGCUGAAGCAGAGCAUCAUCAGGCGCACAAGGCUUACGUCAUGGAUGUCCGCGUCAUGCCAGAGGCAUUGUGGUCGAGCUUCGCGAUGGGCGAGGAGACAAGCAGCUUGGUCCCCUCGCCCGUAGACUGCGAGAACCCGCUGAUCAAGCGCUCCCCGUCUUGUGACUCCUUCUGCUCUGCGCUGUCUGAACUGGAGGACACAGAGGAUAGGCGUGGUCUUCUAUCUCCAGUCUCUGAUCUUCCACUGCCCUUAGUCAGGCAGAAUAGCGAAGUGCGAUGGCGGUUGGAUCUUCGAGCAUGCUGCAGGCGAAGAAGAAGAAACAAUUUCCUGCUGGACUAG